UAUCAUGGCGGCAAGGCGCUUGUUUCAAAACAGCUGAAUAAUCGUCCAAAUUUUCGAUCUUCAUCCUCUCAAAAGGAUAAAGGAAAUACGAUGAACAAUGUGGACAGGCUAGAUGUUCAUCCUCGAAUUAUUGCAGCCCUCAAGAAGGGUAAGAGAUAGGUGAAUACGCGGAUACUCAGUCACUACGUAUGCACGUAUCCGCGUAUCCACUUAGUAAAUAGUCACGGCGUAUCCGUGUAUCCACUUAGAUACACACUUAGACUGCAUAUAAAGCUUAUAACAAGCUUAUGUCCAUUUGUUGUUCUUAAAGCCACUGAAGGUAGAAAAGCGCAUAAAAGGGAUAACUGCGUAUCCACGUAUCCAGCUCUUUCAGGGAUACAACUUCGAAGUGGCAGGGUAUUCUGUAGUUAAGAGCAAUCGAUCGAUGGAAAGUUUUCUGUACUUCUCAGUGAAAAUUCAUGAUCAUUUACUAUGUUUUAUUAGUAUUGAUUACACUAUAAGAAAGAAGCUUUUGUUAUAGUGGAGCUGCACUUGUGGAACAGCCGUGGGGGUACAGCUUGCCUUUGAUGGGAUGAUGACCCCAUGGCAGCCCCCGGAUUUUCACCUGCACUCCGGGAGUGGGUGGGGUAUUUGCCCUCUUCUUACAUCCUAAGCACCUUAAGUGGCCCCAGUCCCUGGGAAUUUGCCAUGCGAAAAAAGGCUUAAGUGAGUAAGCCCGGGAGGCAAGAUGGGUGCAGCUGGCAUUGACCAAUGCAAUUUUUGUUGCCCAGCCAAUUUGCUUGAAUAGAAUUAUCAUUAUUUUAAUCUGGAAUAUAUCUAUAUUUUUUCAAGCAAAGUUGACAAGUCUUGCCACCAUCCUCUGCAUGUCAGCAGCUGAUCUUGAGAGAGCCACAAAGCUAUCUUUCUUUGACAUCGCCAUUCUUCUUAAAGCUGUUUCAUAUUCUCUCCCAUGUCCACCUAUGAGAACUGCCCUGUCACUCUACAACAUUCAGGCCAAAGGCGAGGGGUCACCUUGGGGACACAAGUUGUCUCUAGGAUGCCAGAUACUUGAUGAAUUUCUUCAUGGGGGCAUCCUGAAGCAGGGCAUCACAGAGGUGACAGGAGAGAGCUCCUGUGGAAAAACACAGAUCUGCUUGCAGUUGUGCCUGACAGUCCAGUUACCUGAGGAAAAAGGAGGGCUUGAAGGAGGUAUUUGUUAUAAUAAAAUAUUAUUAUUAGUAAUAACCAAAGGUUAAUGUAAGUUUGACGUGAUACAUGGUCAAACAGCGUGCAAAGACAGUUGUGUCUGAUAACCCGGGGCUAGUAGAUUUUGCUAUUGGGCUAGUGAUUUUUGUUCGUAACUUGCCUGACAGGCAAGUGCUGUUUUUUGGGGAAAUUCAAAUUACUGAAGGAUUGUCAUCAAUCCUGCUAAUCAAAAAGGGUUUGGGGCUAGUUGAAAUGACCUGACGGCUAGUACAUGCCAGCUUCAGCUUGCCCGAAUGGCAGGCUGUAAAACUGACUUUCUUUGCACCCUGUCAAAUCACAUGUGAUCAUAUUACUGGUGACAGAAGGCCCAAAUUUGCGUGAUCAGAUUGUGUUCUGUGCAUUCCAGUCAUUCUUAGGGGGCCUCUUAGGGAGGGUACAUAUUUCUCUAAUCUGAAUUUCAAAUACGAUUUUUUCACACUUUGCAGAGUAGGCUAUGUCCUUGUCGGUAUUUAACCCAUGUUCAUGUUGUUUGUUGGCAUUUUAUCUAGUCUUCUGUCACUGUUUCAGGGCCAUGUCACCUGUGGGAAUUUUUACCCUAACAGGACCUCUUCCUAGAGGGAGUCCAAAUGAAACUGGCUACAAACAUGACGUGCAUGCGUAAUAGUAACCUGGAGAUUAGGAUUGUGGGCUCCUCUUGUUACCCACAUUGAACCUUUAGUAGCAGUCAACUUCCAUUUCUUAUAAUUAUAUCGCUGUUAGUCAAACAUUGAGCUCAUGAUUAAAUGAAUGUUCAUUAUCAUUUAUAAAAGACAAAAUGUCCCCAUCCUCAAUACCUUAUCUUAUUUAACUGUAAAGAAAAGAAAUGUAAUUUAAUUUUAAAAAUAAAAAAUCAAUGGUCUUAGGUGUUUCUAGCUGAUGUGGCCUAGUUUUAUAAUCCUCUGAUUGAAGUGUUUUAAAUUAUAAACGGUUCUCACUGAAGCUUGCACUUCCCCCAUAUAGGUGCAGUUUAUAUCUCAACUGAGGAUGUUUUUCCAAGUAAACGACUCCAUCAGCUUACACAGUGUUUUGCCAAAAAUCAAGCAUCACAUCCUUCAGCUGUUAAAAUCAAGUUUAGUGACAAUGUUUUUAUUGAACAUGCAGCUGAUGUGGUAAGUCCCAAAAUCAAUCAAUCGAACAACAUGGCUUUAGAGAUAUACUUGGUGAGUUGCAAAAUUUGAGAACGAGUCUUUAAAAAAAUUUAACACUCCAAAACACAAAACCACCUGACAACGAGACUUCAAGACCCACCUCAAAUGCUUCCAACUUUUGAGAUCGGGCCAAAAUUUUCCAAGACCCACACUUUUGGAGGAAUCAUUCUACAGCCCUUAAAUACAUGAAUGUAUUACUAUGAAUGUAUUAUUAUGUAUAAACUUUGCUAUUGAGCCUUUGAGGAUAGUGGUGGUGGUGGUAAUGGUGGGGGGGGGGGGGGGGGGGGAUUGAAGGGAUGUUUGGUUGGGGGGGGCGGUUGAGGCAAAAACCCUAGUAAUGUGUUACCCAGUUAUGAAAAAAAAACCUUUAUUUAUUUUUUUGGCGCUCACGCAAAAUAACAGGGCAAAAUUGUACACCCCGGUUUAUUUAACCAGUAGAAUUUUAAAAGACCAAGUGGGGGGGGUGGGGGGGGGGGGGGGGGGGAGCGGUAAUGAAGGUAUGUUUGCUUGGAGUGUGCAGUUUAAGACACAACCCUUUCAAUUGGCUACCCAGUUAUUACAAAAAGACCUUUAUAUGUUUAUGUGCGGCUCAAGACACUAGAAAGUGACAAAUUGUAUACCCUGUGUAAUUAAGACUGUAUAAUUUUAAAAGACUCAAGGCCCUGAAAACCACACCCUUUUUGGCAGCACUUACCUUGUUGAUCCAAAUAGGGAGUGCCCAUCCUUGCAGGACUGAGCCUCCUGUAAUUAAGUAACCAGUUAAGCCCUUCCAAUCCCCACAAAACCACAAAAGACAUGGUGAUGCCAUUCAGGUUAGAUUCACAUAAAUUGCAUCUUGAUGUGAUCUUCUCAAACUCAUUAAUAAUUCAUAAAGAAAAUACUUGGGAAAUUAAUGUUAAAUGAGUGUAUGAAAAUCAGAUGAAAAACUGCUUAUUUUUGCAUCCUUAAAUUCUCCUUCAAAAAUCAUGUUGUUUGAGAAGAAAUAUCAAGCAUUCAACACAGCGUUUCAUAACCUGAUGAAACACCUCAAAGUUCCUCAAAAAUACUCCCCAGUGCAUCCUAUUUUCAACUCUCGUCUCAGCAUUUCGUCUGGUGAUGAAACACUGCGUCUCACGCUUGAUAUAUUGCUUCCUGAAGGCUUGAAAUUGGUUAAGUAAGAAUUGAUUACAGCAUAUUUCUUAAUAAUACAGGAUGACUUGAGGAACAUCAUUAACCAUCGCCUGCCGGUGCUGCUUAAUAGGGGAGCUAUCAAGCUUGUUGUCAUUGAUUCCAUUGCCGCUCUUUGCCGUGUGGAAUAUUCAUUUGGUGAAACUUCAAAGCGAGCAAAUGUUCUUAGGUCAUUUGGAGCCCAGCUUCACAAGCUUAGUGCGCAGUAUGCUGUUCCUGUGGUGUGUGUAAACCAGGUAUGUUGGUAGUCCUGUGGUGUACUUAUUUCUUUCCUCACCUUGUUGGCAUUAGCAUUUUAAGCAAAACUUUCAUAAACACAGCAAGACGCUGUGGGAGCGUAUAUUUGGGAAUCGAUGAACUUGGCGUGUGUGAAGUUUUUUAUGUGAAUGAGGAAUGUGUGAAUAGUGCACUGCAGCAGUUGGUUGAGAUACGUGGAAUGGAAGGCGAGACUCAGUACUGGAGUUAUAUUGGACGUGAAUUGGUAAGAUAAUGCCUGUAGUUUGUUAAUCAGAAAAACUUGUUUCUCGUAGAAUUUAAUAUGAAGUAACAAAAAAUACUUAAUUUAGUUGUAGCAGUGAGGUAGUUGUUGAAGUGAUAAUUUGGUUAUGAAGGGAUAGUGUAGUUACAGUGCGUUGAAAGAAAGUGGUGGUUAUGAAAAGUCAUCAAUAGUCGAAAACAUACUAGUACUUAUUUUAAACGUUGUUAGGCUCGCUUAGUAGCAUCGGUUAUUUGUUUGUAAUCGGUAAAUCACUAGAUCUGUGAAUCAAUAAAUCGCUAGAUCGGUGGAUCGCCAGAUCGGGGGAUCUGUAGCUCGAUGGAUUGGUAGAUCGUUAGAUAUGUGGAUCUGUAGAUCGAUGGAUCGGUAGAUCCUUAGGUCGGUGGGUCACUAGAUCGCUAUAUCGGUGGAUCAGUGGAUCGCUAGAUCGUUGGAUCUGUAGAUCGGUGGAUCGGGGAUUCGUUAGGUCGGUGGAUCGGUAGAUCGCUGGGUCGGUGAAUCGCUAGAUCGUUGGAUCGGUAGAUCGACGAAUCGGUGGAUCGCUAGAUCUAGGGAUCUGUAGCUCAAUAGAUCGGUAAAUCGCCAGAUCGGUGGAUCGGUAGAUUCAUGGCUCGGUAAGUGAAUCGUUGGGUCGGUAGAUCGGUGGAUCUGUAGAUCGCUAGAAGAGUGGAUCUGUACAUCGGUGAAUCGGUUGAUGGCUAUAUCGAUUGGGGUUAUGUAGAUCGAUGGAUCGGUAGAUCGAUACUGGAUCGGUAGAUCGCGUGAUCUGUCACUCGACGGAUCGGUAGAUCGGUGGAAUGCUGGAUCGCUAGAUCGGUGGAUCUGUAGAUCGAUCAAUUAGUAGAUCGUUUGAUCGGUGGAUCUGUAGAUCGAUGGAUCGCCAGAUCGAAAGAUCUGUGGAUAGGGGGAUCGUUAGGUCGGUGGAUCGGUAGAUGCUAGAUUGAUGAAACGCUAGCUCGGUGGAUCGCUAGCUUGGUGGAUCGCUAGAUCGAUGGAUCGGUAGAUGGCUAGAUCAGUGGAUCAGUGGAUCUGUAGAUGGGUGAAUCGGUAGAUUAGUAGAUCGCUAGAUCCAAGGAUUGGUAGAUCGGUGGAUCGCUAGUUCUGUGGAUCUGUAGAUCGCCAGAUUGGUGGAUCGCUAAAUCUGUGGAUCUGUAGAUUGAUAGAUAGACAGAUCGCUAGAUCGGUGGAUCUGUAGAUCGAUGGACCGGUAGAUCGCUAGAUGGAUGGAACGGUAGAUCAGUAGAUCGCUAGAUCCAUGGAUUGGUAGAUCGGUGGAUCGCUAGUUCUGUGAAUCUGUAGAUCGCUGGAUUGGUGGAUCGCUAAAUCUGUGGAUCUGUAGGUCGAUAGAUAGACAGAUCGCUAGAUCGGGGGAUCUGUAGCUCGAUGGAUCGGUAGAUCGCUAAAUAGGUGGAUCUGUAGAUCGAUGAAUCGGGAGAUCGUUUGAUCAGUAGAUCUGUAGAUCGAUAGAUAUCGGUGGAUCCACGGUUUCUGAACCUUUCUGGGUUACCGGUCGUUUCGAUACAAAGUCGUUUCGAUACAAGUAGUUUCGGUACAAAUUGAAGUCGAUUCGAUACAUACCUUAAGUCGGUUCGAUCCACUUGAGGUCGUUUCGAUUCAAUCAGAAAAACUUGCCAACUUUUGAAGAUUUAGUCACUACCAUUAACAGUUCGUUUAUUUUUUGUCUUGAAGAAUAUGAAAUAUGAUUUAAAAUGCUAAUUACGACAUUUACGGUCGCUUCAUCGUUUGGCUGAAGUCCUGUUUGCUUAACGCCUUAACUCAUUUCACUAACGUUUUGUAACCCUCGAAUAUCGAUUUCUACAGUUCUUACUACUCUGCUUUUAUGUCGAAGCAUUUUUUUUUGAAGGGGGAUCAACAGCACUGCCUCAAGACGGGAUCGGGAACAACAUGGAAAACCGCCGCCAUCUUGGUUGUUGCACGUGCUUAAGUAUCAUGACAUGGUUGCUAAGCACAAUUAUUUCGUACUCUGUGAAUACAUUACUACCAUUAUACUUUUUAUUGCUAACAACUAAUGUAAGCUUACUUAUUACACGCGGGGACGUGUGGGUCGUCCUAGUGACACCCGCCCCUUUGAAAGUCAAUGUUAAAUGUUUUUAAGCUAAAUAAGAAAGCGAUGCCAAUGUACUUAUUACACGCGGGGACGUGUGGGUCGUCCUAGUGACACCCGCCCCUUUGAAAGUCAAUGUUAAAUGUUGUUAAGCUAAAUAAGAAAGCGAUUCCAAUGUACUUAUUACACGCGGGGACGUGUGGGUCGUCCUAGUGACACCCGCCCCUUUGAAAGUCAAUGUUAAAUGUUGUUAAGCUAAAUAAGAAAGCGAUGCCAAUGUACUUAUUACACGCGGGGACGUGUGGGUCGUCCUAGUGACACCCGCCCCUUUGAAAGUCAAUGUUAAAUGUUUUUAAGCUAAAUAAGAAAGCGAUGCCAAUGUACUUAUUACACGCGGGGACGUGUGGGUCGUCCUAGUGACACCCGCCCCUUUGAAAGUCAAUGUUAAAUGUUUUUAAGCUAAAUAAGAAAGCGAUGCCAAUGUACUUAUUACACGCGGGGACGUGUGGGUCGUCCUAGUGACACCCGCCCCUUUGAAAGUCAAUGUUAAAUGUUUUUAAGCUAAAUAAGAAAGCGAUGCCAAUGUACUUAUUACACGCGGGGACGUGUGGGUCGUCCUAGUGACACCCGCCCCUUUGAAAGUCAAUGUUAAAUGUUUUUAAGCUAAAUAAGAAAGCGAUGCCAAUGUACUUAUUACACGCGGGGACGUGUGGGUCGUCCUAGUGACACCCGCCCCUUUGAAAGUCAAUGUUAAAUGUUUUUAAGCUAAAUAAGAAAGCGAUGCCAAUGUACUUAUUACACGCGGGGACGUGUGGGUCGUCCUAGUGACACCCGCCCCUUUGAAAGUCAAUGUUAAAUGUUUUUAAGCUAAAUAAGAAAGCGAUGCCAAUGUACUUAUUACACGCGGGGACGUGUGGGUCGUCCUAGUGACACCCGCCCCUUUGAAAGUCAAUAUUAAAUGUUUUUAAGCUAAAUAAGAAAGCGAUUCAAAUAUAUCUAGUUUCAGUCCCAAAUUCUAACCUAAUCUUUGCUUGAUAUCUUCACUGGCUGGGUGCAAUAAGAUAAGAGAUCGCACUUAGGAGUUGCUUUGCGCUUCUCUCUCCGUUCCUAAAUUCCUCCCAUAGGUUAAAGAUCUUGGUUUGGAGAUUCCUGAAUUGUCUACGCUGAAUUCGUUUUAGCUUGCGCUCCGAAACGAGUCUCAUCUGAAGGGAUGUCAACCUUGCCUCUCUAUACAGAAAUUUUUACUGUUUAAACCCCGGUGCCAGCCUUCUAAGUCGUUGUUGGUCCGAACAGAUUGCAUAAAAACGGACCAGGAUGACGUUGGCCAUAUUCUGCUCUCGAUCCAUGUUGACUUCACGUAUUGGGAGAAUUCCUGAAGAGUGGGAGUGGGAGCUUGCCUCUCUAGCCGGUGGAACAUCGGUUCAAUCUCCUGGUCCGGUAAGUAGGGCAAGGCCAUCAUUUUUCGUGGGUACCGGGAUCAUUGCAGUACGCACUCUGUAACCCGAGCUCUUGAACCUAGGAAAAAAAAAAAGGGAAAUUAAACGAAAUUGGUCUUGCUCCUCAUUAGUUAGAAUAUGUGUCACUCAAAGAUAUUCACUACAUGGCUUGUUCCCACUAAUCGGCGAAAAUUUUGAAGAUUUAUGAUUUACGGAUAUAUUUUUUAGUUAAACAGUUUACAAUAAUUUCUUACUAACCUUUCUCCACAGUGCUUGGGUCAUAUGAAAGGCACAACCUCUGAUGUCCACAUCAGGUAGUAACUGGCCUAUUGCGGACCAAAGAGCCUUUUCAAAGUCUAUCGUAAUCCUCUUCAACGAAAGGGAACUUGGUAGCAAGUCAAGUACUUCUUUAAGAACCUGAAAGAACAGGUUAUUUGCUUAUUUAAACAGGAUUGUCUAUUGAAAUAGUGGAAUUAAUACCUCUCUUCUAACUUCGGGAAUCUUGCAAUAAUCCUUUUUUUUUCUGCCCGACAUCAGUACAAAUAACAGGGGUACUUGUUUGGCGCAGUCCUCCUUUCGCACGAAAGCGUUGAUGCUUAAGAGUUGAGUGAACGGCAGUCUGCAGAGUUUAAACGUGCCGUCGAUGUACCAGGAUUUCGCCUUCCCAAGUUGUCUCAGCUGCUCAUCUGUGGCGAAGAUUAAAUGUCUGCGCUCUCGGACCUGAACAUCUUUUCUGAAAAAGUGAUCGGGGAUAUGUUCUUCUUCCAACUCAAAGUCGAGGUCUGUUGGGUCCUCGGGACGUAGUUUCUGGCGCAGUCUGUUUGCUUGGCGAGCUUGAAUAGAUCCUCCACUGCCUUAGCCUUCACGCUCGCGAUGACUUUAGCUGUCGUUGCAGCGCCAACUGAUGCUGGAUGGUUGUGGCAAUGCAAACCUGGCUCAAAUCUGUUCUCUUUCUGCCGCACCUUAGCCUUGCACGGGUUGUUCUUGGGACGUACGACGCAUUGCCAGUCGGUCGUGCUUCCGCGUUGUCGCUGGAACCCAAACGUGUAGCCACGGUUGUCAAUUAACUUUGGACGGCCCCGUUUACUUGACUGCGGUACAAUCUCAUAGGUUAUGCUCUCAUCCGGCUGGUUCUGCUCACCAUGGAUGCUCGGAUCAGCAAGGGAUGACUCUGCCUAGGCACCAUAGUUCAGCGGUGAAGAAGUAGACCGGGUAGGAGAUCAAUUCUGUGAACGGAAAAUAAUUAUAAGAUUGAAUUAUAAGAUUGAAGACAUUUCCCAUAAUAUUGUACAUUAAAGAUAGUUUCCAUUUUUAAAUAGGAUAACUUAAUAAGAAUAAUAAAAUAAGCAAAUAACUCACCAGAAGUUGAUCAUAAAUUGUGGACUCCAGCUCCUCGUCCAGCCUAGUACUCUCAGCAACUGGUUGGUUGCACUGGUCACAGAGCCAGUCAAUGGUUUGACCGGACUGAACAGCUGCGCGAUAAGUCUCUCUUGAAAUACCGGUAUGGCAUGUGCGGUGCUGCCAGCGAUUACAGCCAUCGCAUUGGAGACCCUCUUGACGCGGGCGGACAGGAUUAGAACAUGACCGUGGAUCGGGGGAUCGUUACGUAGGUGGAUCGGUAGAUCGCUAGAUAAGUGAAUCGCUAGAUCGGUGGAUCGAUGGAUCGGUAGAUGAAUGGAUCGGUGGAUCGCUUUUUCUAUAGACUUGUAGAUCGAUGGAUCGGUAGAUCGCUACAUCGGUGGAUGAAUGGUUGGAUAGAUCGGUGCAUCUGUAGAUCGAUGGAUCGGCCGAUCGCUAGAUGGAUGCAUCGGUAGAUCGCUAGAUCUCUGGAUAGGGGGAUCCCUAGAUCGGUGGAUCGCUAGAUCGAUAGAUCGGUAGAUAGAUGGCUCGCUGGAUCGCUUGAUUGGUGAAUUGGGAGAUCGAUAGAUGAAUGGAUAGGUAAAUCGAUGGAUCGGUAGAUCGCUAUAUCUCUGGAUGGGGGAUCGUCAGAUCGAUGGAUCUGUAGAUUGCUAAAUAGGUGGAUCGCUGGAUCGCUGGAUCGCUGGAUCAGGGGAUCUGUAGCUCGAUGGAUCGGUGGAUCGCUAAAUCGGUGGAUCUGUAGAUCGAUGAAUCGGUACAUCGUUUGAUCGGUGGAUCAGUGGAUGGGGGGAUCGUUAGAUCCGUGGAUCGGUAGAUUGCUAGAUCGGUGGAUUGGUAGAUCGAUGGAUCAGUAGAUUCCUAGAUCGGUGGAUCGGUAGAUCGUUAGAUCAGUGGAUCUGAGAUCGAUGGAUCGGUAGGUCUGUGGAUCUGCAGAUCGAUGGAUUGGCAGAUCGAUGGAUCGGCAGAUCGGUAGAUCGCUACAUGGAUGGAUCGGUAGGUCGCUAGAUCGAUGGAUCGGUAGAUCUAUAAAUCUCUAAGUGGGGGAUGGUUAGAUCGGUGGAGCAGUAGAUCGGCAGAUUGCUAGAUCGGUAGAUCGCUAGAUGAGUGGAUGUGUAAAUCGAGGGAUCUGGAGAUCGGUGGAUCUGUAGAUCGAUGGAUCGCCAGAUCGCUAAAUCUGUGGAUCAGGGGAUCGUUAGGUCGGUGGAUCGGUAGAUCGCUAGAUUGGUGAAUCGCUACAUCGGUGGAUCGCUAGAUCGAUGGAUCGCUAGAUUGCAAGAUCGGUUGAUAAGAGGAUCUGUAGAUCGAUGGAUCUGUAGAUUAGUGGAUCGCGAGAUCCAUGGAUCGGUAAAUCGAUGGAUCAGUAGAUCGGAGGAUCGCUAGUUCUGUGGAUCCGUAGCUCGCUGGAUUGGUGGAUCGCCAGAUUUGUGGAUCUGUACAUCGAUGGAUCGGUAGAUCGCUAGAUCGGUGGAUCGAUGGAUCGGUAGAUCUCUAGAUUGAUGGAUCGGCAGAUCGCUAGAUCGGUGGAUGGGUAGAUCGAUGGAUCGCAAGAUUGAUGGAUCGGUAAAUCGGAACAUCGCUGGAUGGGGGUUCGUUAGAUCGCUAGAAGGGUGGAUCGGUAGAUCACUGGAUCGGUAGAUCGCUAGAUCCGUGGAUCUGUAGGUGGAUGGAUCGGUAGAUCGGUGGAUCUGUUGAUCGAUGGAUUGGCAGAUCGCUAGAUGGAUGGAUUGGUAGAUUGCUAGAUCUCCUGAUGGGAAAUUGUUAGAUCGGUGGAUCGCUAGAUCGGUGGAUCGUUAGAUCGGUGGAUCGUUAGAUCGGUGGAUCGUUAGAUCGGUUGAUCGCUAAAUCGAUGGAUUGCUAGAUUCAUGGAUCGGUAGAUCGGUAGAUCGAUGGAUCGGUGUAUUGCUAGUUCUGUGGAUCUGUAGAUCGAUGGAUCGGCAGAUCGCUAGAUCGGUGGAUUGGUAGAUCGAUGGAUCGGUAGAUCGGUAGAUCGGCUGAUCGCUAGAUCGGUGGAUCGUUGGAUCGCUUGGUCGGUGGAUGUGUAGAUCGAUGGAUCGGCAGAUGGUUAGAUCGGUGGAUUGGUAGAUCGAUGAAUCGGUAGAUAAGUGGAUAGGUGGAUCGAUAGAUCGCUUAAUCGAUGGAUUGGUGGAUCUGUAGAUAGAGGUAAAUCGGUAGAUCGGUAAAUCCCUAGAUCGGUGGAUCGAUAGAUCGUUCGGCUCGAAGAUAUUAGCACUUGAGUGCUACACUGUAAAUUCGAGGGUAAAUAAAGGUCAUUGAUUGAUUGAUUGAUCUGAGAUGGAUGGAUCGCUAGGUCUGUGGAUCUGUAGAUCGAUGGAUUGGCAGAUCGGUAGAUCGAUGGAUCGGCAGAUCGCUAGAUGGAUGGAUUGGUAGAUUGCAAGAUCUCUUGAUGGGAAAUUGUUAGAUCGGUGGAUCGCUAGAUCGCUAGAUCGGUGGAUCGUUAGAUCAGUUGAUAGCUAAAUCGAUGGAUUGCUAGAUUCAUGGAUCGGUAGAUUGCUGGAUCGAUGGAUCGGUGUAAUGCUAGUUCUGUGGAUCUGUAGAUCGCUGGAUCGGUGUGUCGCUAGAUCGGUGGAUCGCUAGAUUGAUGGAUCGGUAGAUUGCUAGAUUGGUGGAUCAGUGAAUCUGUAGAUCGAUGGAUCGGUAGAUUAGUGGAUCGCGAGAUCCAUGGAUCGGUAAAUCGAUGGAUCAGUAGAUCGGAGGAUCGCUAGUUCUGUGGAUCCGUAGCUCGCUGGAUUGGUGGACCGCCAGAUUGGUGGAUCUGUAGAUCGAUUGAUCGGUAGAUCGGUAGAUCGGUAGAUCUCUAGAUCGAUGGAUCGGCAGAUCGCUAGAUCGGUGGAUGGGUAGAUCAAUGGAUCCCUAGAUUGAUGGAUCGGUAGAUCGGUACAUCGCUGGAUGGGGAGAUCGUUAGAUCGCUAGAACGGUGGAUCGGUAGAUCGCUAGAUCCGUGGAUCUGUAAGUCGAUGGAUCGGUAGAUAGGUGUAUCUGUUGAUCGAUGGAUCGGCAGAUCGGUGGAUCUGUUGAUUGAUGGAUCGGCAGAUCGCUUGAUCGAUGGAUCGGUAGAUCGCUAGAUGGAUGGAUUGGUAGAUUGCUAGAUCUCUUGAUGGGGAAUUGUUAGAUCGGUGGAUCUCUAGAUGGCUAGAUCGGUGGAUCGUUAGAUCGGUUGAUCGCUAAAUCGUUGGAUUGCUAGAUUCAUGGAUCGGUAGAUCGCUAGAUCGAUGGAUCGGUGUAUUGCUAGUUCUGUGGACCUGUAGAUCGCUGGAUCGGUGUAUCGCUAGAUCGGUGGAUCUGUAGAUCGAUGGAUCGGCAGAUCGCUAGAUCGGUGGAUUGGUAGAUCGAUGGAUCGGUAGAUCGGUAGAUCGGCUGAGCGCUAGAUCGGUGGAUCGUUGGAUCGCGUUGUCGGUGGAUGUGUAGAUCGAUGGAUCGGCAGAUCGUUAGAUCGUUACAUCGGUGGAUUGGUAGAUCGAUGAAUCGGUAGAUCGGUGUAUAGGUGGAUCGAUAGAUCGCUUGAUCGAUGGAUUGGUGGAUCUGUAGACAGAGGGAUCGUUAGAUCGGUAAAUCGCUAGAUCGGUGGAUCGAUAGAUCGCUCGGCUCGAAGAUAUUAGCACUUGAGUGCUACACUGUAAAUUCGAGGGUAAAUAAAGUUUAUUGAUUGAUUGAUUGAUCGCUAGUUGGUGGAUCUAUAGAUCGAUGGAUCGGUAGAUCGCUAGAUCUGUGGAUCUGUAGAUCGAUGGAUUAUUUGUAGAUCUGCAGACCGCUGGAUCGAUGGAUCUGUACAUCUCUGGAUCAGUAGAUCGCUAGAUCGGUGGAUCUCUAGAGCGAUGGAUAGGUGGAUCGGUAGAUUGGUGGAUCGGUAGAUCGAUGGAUUGGUAGAUCGAUGGUUCGGUAGAUUGCUAGAUCGAUGGUUCGGUAGAUUGCUAGAUCGAUGGAUCGGUGGAUCGUUGGAUCACUAGAUCAUUUGAUCGUUGGAUCGUUAGAUCGGUGAAUCUGUAGACCCCUGGAUCAUUAAUAGAUCUGUAGAGCGAUGGAUCGGUGAAUGGGUUGAUCAUUGGAUCACCAGAUCGGUAGUUCGGUGGAUCUGUAGAUGGAUGGAUCUUUAGAUCAGUAGAUUAGUAGAUCGAUCGAUCAGUGGAUCUUUAGAUGAGUAGAUCUUUAGAUCCAUGUUUCGGUGGAUCUGUGGAUCAGUAGAUUUGUAGAUCAGUGGAUCGAUAGAUCGCUAGAUCGGUGGAUUUGUAAAUUAAUGGAUAAGUAGAUGUGUAAUUCGGUGGAUCACUAGAUCAUGGGAGCUGUAGAUCAAUGGAUGGACAGAUCGUUAGAUUGGUGGAUCGCUGGAUCGAUGGAUGGCUAGAUCGGUGAUUCUGUAGAUCGGCAGAUCACUAGUCCGGCGGAUCGCUAUAUCGGUUAGGGUUAUGUAGAUAGAUGGGUCUGUAGAUCUCUUGAUCAGUGGAUCGGUUCCCAGUAGCUUAGUGAUUCCAGCAGUGGCAAUUGAAAUGGGUGGCAAAGAUGGCGUACGGUUAGGGGUAUGGUCGAAAACCCCAUCGCUCUGAUUUUGACAAAGUUGCUAGAUUGAUGGAUCGGUACAUCGGUACAUCGCUGGAUGGGGGGAUUGGUAGAUUGCUAGAUCCGUGGAUCUGUAGGUCGAUGGAUCGGCAGAACGCUAGAUCGAUGGAUCGGUAGAUCGCUAGAUCGCCAGAUCGCUAGAUGGAUGGAUUGGUAGCUUGCUGGAUCUCUUUUGAGGAAUUGUUAGAUCGGUUGAUCGCUAGAUCGCUAGAUCGGUGGAUCGUUAGAUCGGUUGAUCGCUAAAUCGAUGGAUUGCUAGAUUCAUGGAUUGGUAGAUCACUAGAUCGAUGGAUCGGUUUAUUGCUAGUUUUGUGGAUCUGUAGAUCGCUGGAUCGGUGUAUCGCUAUAUCGGUGGAUCUGUAGAUCGAUGGAUCUUUGGAUCGCUUGGUCGGUGGAUGUGUAGAUCGUUAGAUCGGUGGAUUGGUAGAUCGAUGAAUCGGUAGAUCGGUUGAUAGGUGGAUCGCUAGGUCGGUUGAUCGCUAGGUCGGUGGAUCGAUAGAUCGCUUGAUCGAUGGGUUGGUGGAUCUGUAGAUAGAGGGAUCGGUAGAUCGGUAAAUCCCUAGAUCGGUUUAUCGAUAGAUCGCUCGGCUCGAAGAUAUUAGCACUUGAGUGCUACACUGUAAAUUCGAGGGUAAAUAAAGUUUAUUGAUUGAUUGAUUGAUCGCUAGUUGGUGGAUCUGUAGAUCGAUGGAUCGGUAGAUCGCUAGAUCUGUGGAUCUGUAGAUCGAUGGAUCAUUUGUAGAUCUGCAGACCGCUGGAUCGAUGGAUCUGUACAUCUCUGGAUCAGUAGAUCGCUAGAUCGGUGGAUCUCUAGAAAGAUGGAUGGGUGGAUCGGUUGAUUGGUGGAUCGCUAGAUCGAUAGAUUGGUAGAUCGAUGGAUCGGUGGAUCGGUGGAUCACUAGAUCGGUGAAUCCGUAGAUCCCUGGAUCAGUAAUAGUUCUGUAGAGCGAUGGAUCGGUGAAUGGGUUGAUCAUUGGAUCACUAGAUCGGUAGUUGGGUGGAUCACUAGAUCGGUGGAGCUGUAGAUCAACGGAUGGACAGAUCGUUACAUUGGUGGAUCGCUGGAUCGAUGGAUGGCUAGAUCGGUGGUUCUGUAGAUUGGCAGAUCACUAGUCCGGCGGAUCGCUAUAUCGGUUAGGGUUAUGUAGAUAGAUGGGUCGGUAGAUCUCUUGAUCAGUGGAUCGGUUCCCAAUAGCUUAGUGAUUCCAGCAGUGGCAAUUGAAAUGGGUGGCAUAGAUGGCGUACGGUUAGGGGUAGUGUCGAAAAGCCCAUCGCUCUGAUUUUGACAAAGUUGCUUCACACCUUAGGGUACAUGGCUAGUGAACACUCAUUAGAAAUAUCUGUUUAAAACGGUCGCCUUACCGGCCGCAUUGGUUAUUAAGUUAUCCUGAUGUUUGAGAGGUGGUACCCCCUUGCUGUCAGAUUUGAAGCGCUUAAACAAGCCCCAGAGUUGUUUGUUUGCUCCCAUCGAGUCUUCUUCAUUUGUCGGGGUAAUAAUCUCUUCCACAUACUGCCCGUAUGCGGCACGAAACUUCUUUUGGACUUGAUGCUUAAUGGUAUUGUAGCGAGGAUCCUUUCUUGCGUGUAGCUUAUCUCUUUUCCUCAUGAGGCGUCUCAAAGAGGGGACACAUAUUGUAGGCCAUUUCUUGAGCUCGUAAACCGAUGUGGUAUGAAUCGCUUGAUACCAGAGGUCGAUUCCUCUCAAAAACUAGACUACAAUUCAUUUAUUGAUAGAUCACAGUCAGUAGAAUGCACGACAGAGUCUGCAUAUUUAGGCAUGUGUUCUUUAAGGCCACCCCAGUCUACUUUUCUAUACAAGGGAAUCAUCCUGCGUUUUUGUUUGUUGAUUUUUGCUUUGAUAUUACCAUAAAAGACACAGCAUCAUGAUCACUAACAGCUGGGAUGACUUUAGUCUUGAUUAUAAGACUGUCGUUUUUAGUUACAAACAAGUCUAAGUCAUUUUUACUCCACGUAGGAUUGGUUAGAUCAGUAGAUCUGUAGGUCAGUAGAUCAGGAAAUCUGUUGGAUAGGUGGAUCGAUUGAUCGGUGGAUCUGUAGAUCGAUGGAUAAGUAAGUCUGUAAAUCGGUGGAUCGCUAGAUCGUUGAAUCUGUAGAUGAAUGGAUUAGUAGAUCUAAGUUUCUUGGUGAAACUUAAGACAAAGAAGAAACAGAAAAAAGCAAAGUUUUUCAACUUCCCUGAACAAUAGCCCAACGUAUGCAUGUGUUGAUGAUGUCAGUUUUGCUGUUUCCUCUGUAUGUGUUUGAGAAUUAUUUUCAUCAGAUUCUCACUGGAAAUUCAUUGUUGUAAAACAUCAUUUUGUUUACAAUAAUAUUGAAAUCGAGGGUUAACGAAAUUUGGGAGUUCUGAUGUAAACAUGAAUUAAUAACUACCUUAGCCUUCUCCUAACCGUGCCCUGCCCUCAUGGAGGAGGAUAAUGCUGUACAGCUACACAACUACCAACCUAUCCCUCCCCAACCUAACCUAACAUUUUGCUCCUCAACCCUUCAAUUCCCCAGUGAUCAACUUAAUUUCCCCCUAACAAUAUCAAUACAAGAUCAAGAGAAAUGGUUAUGAGAGUCAAUAAAAUGACCACCAAAGGAAAACUGCUUUGAUCUUUUCAUUAAAAUUCUCCCGACUAAUUCUUUAUGGAAAUGUAUAGACAGGGCAGUUUCCAAGAAUCUUAUACACAUCCAACCGCAGGUUAAUUAAGAAAAUAAUCUACAAUGCAGUCAACCGUACUUCUGAUAACCUGGAAAAUAACUACUACCAUACUCAAUAUUCCCUAAAUGUUUCUCAGGUCUCUGAUGUGAUCCAAAGUGACAAGAACAGGUAUGUUCUAAUAAUAAUAAUAAUAAUAAUAAUAAUAAUAAUAAUAAUAAUAAUAAUGAUAAUAAUAAUAAUUAUUAUUAUUACUAUAAUGAUAAUAACAAUAAUGACGAUGAUGGUGAUGGCGAUGAUGAUGAGCUGUAAAACUUCUGAUUUCAUUUUCUGAAAGAAUGUGUUGAAUUUGAUGACAUUAAUUCCUUUUCCUUUUUACAGUGGCAUCAGUGAUGGUAAGCAAAGAAGUGUGAUACCUGCCCUUGGCAUGGCCUGGUCCAGCAUGGUGACAAUGCGACUUAUGUUAUCACGAACAGAGCAACUAAUACAACCGCUUAAUCAAGCCCUAGAUAGAAGGGUAAUAAAAAAUAUACAUGUUUUAGGUACCCUAUUACAUGAAAUUUGCGCGACACGUUAAUUUCGCGAAAUUAAAGUAACGCGAACAAUGAGUGUGGCGAACAUAACAUGACGCGAAAAUUAAGUGACUCACGUUAUGUCCAUAAUCAAGGAAGAACGAGUUUAUUACCACAGAAACGUUUACAAAUCACAUUUUUUACUUUUGUGAUGAAUUUUUAGUGUAAAUGGAUGUUGUGGUCAAUUAACUCAAGAACAAUAAUUCACGUACAAGCAUGAACUGCUUGGUUGUUACUGUUGACAUUUAGUCCCGCUGUUCGCGUUAUCUGAAGAUUGACAUUAUUGUUCCUUUUAUAAAGUCGUUUUAUUUAAUUCAGACAUGUUAAAUAACAUUGUCUAUGAAAUGUAAGUUGUUGUACUCAAAAACGCGAAUUUAAAGUGAUUCAAAAUAUAAAAUUUUCCCCAAAUCGCAAAAUUUAAUUGCGCGAAAUAUGCGCACAUGUCGCGAAAAUUUCAUGUAAUAAGGUAGCCUCUUCCUGUCUCUCAGAUAGUCACACAAAGCAAAUUAGCAAAGUGACCUUGGAAGUAAACGGCAGGUUAAAGCCCUAUUUCGGGGGAGACACAAUGGAACCUUAAUGUAAUAAAAGGCCAAGGGAAUCGAGGUCCUUUUCCAUAUAACUAUUUUAUUUCACUACUAGGUAUACUGGGCAAACAUUAUUGAUCAUUAAUAAUUAUACCGAGGACUUCGUUACCCAGGGGAUCAUUAAAUCAAGGUUCCACUGUACUUAGGGAAGAAAGGGCGGAUCAGCAGUUCUAUGGUCAUAAAUGGUCUGAGUUUGUAUCCCCAGGUUAAUGGCAGUUGUGGGAGCUUGAGAUUAGGUUUCCUUCUCUUCCCUGCUACACGAGAAUUUUUUCUGGGUAGUCUCCCCCCCCGCUAAAAAACUCUAAAUUCCAAUUCCAUAACUUGUCAAACAAAUUAUUAAUGCAGCUUAAGGUGUUUUGUACCUGACAUAAAUUUAAAGCAGUCACCAUUUUUGAAUAAAGCCUAUUCUAGAAGUGAAGAAAUGAAACUGCUGAGAAGGUACAAACUUCUGUAAUACUUUAACAUAUCAAUCUUGGUCUUCAGUCCUUUCUCCUAAAUCUGAUCUGUUAUCUUUUAUUUACAGGACAUUGACCCUGUAAUCAAAAGACGUCUGAGGGUUAUCUUUGCACCGCAUCUUCCAAAUUCCACAUGUUUGUUUUAUGUCAGUAGUGAUGGUGUCCAUGGGUACAGAGAGAACCAUCAGGAGGGGGAAUAA